ACAACAACUUACCCUUCUCCCCACGAACACACACUCCGGCAACAUGGCAGAAGCACCGGUGCCACCAGAUGUACCUCACAGCGCCGUAAAGGCCACCUUGAGCGUUCUUGACCCCUCCGCUCACUCGCAGGCAACCCUCAAACUUGAGAAUACAGAAAAGAGAGACGCGCUCGUAGCGUCAGAAAAGAAGUAUCAGAAAAAAUGGGCCGAAGCACAUGUCUUCGAGCCUGACGCGCCCUCACUUUCCGAAGAGCCAUUUGACACAACCACUCCGGACGACCUGCACGCCAAAUACCCCAAGUAUUCAGCAAACUUCGCGUAUCCCUACAUGAACGGUUCCCUCCACGCAGGACACGGAUUCACAGCUUCGAAAGUCGAGUUCACCGUAGGAUUCCAGCGGAUGCUAGGCAAGCGCUCCCUCUUUCCUCUCGGAUACCACGUGACGGGAAUGCCAAUCAAGGCCUGCUCAGACAAGCUUGUCCGAGAGAUUGAGCAGUUUGGCAAGGACUUUUCAGGAUGCCAUGUGGACGACGUCAUCGAGGAAGGCCCUACGGAUGGCGCAGUUCCCCCAGCACCGACUCAAGCCGAAACCAAGACAGAUGUGACCAAGUUCUCUGCUAAGAAGGGCAAGGCCGUGGCGAAGUCUGUCAAGACAAAAUAUCAGUUCCAGAUCAUGCUUUCGCAAGGCAUCCCGGUAGAUGAUAUCUACAAAUUUGCCGAUCCAUAUCACUGGAUACAGUACUUCCCGCCAAUCGCCAAGAGGGACCUGGAGUCAUUUGGAGCUCGAAUCGAUUGGCGGAGACAGUUCGUCACGACGGAUGCAAACCCCUACUACGACUCUUUUGUCCAGUGGCAAAUGAGAAAGCUUAAAGAGAUGGGGAAAAUCAUCUUUGCGAAGCGGUACACCGUAUACUCCCCGAAGGACGGCCAGGCUUGUCUAGACCACGACCGGCAAUCAGGAGAGGGAGUCGGCGUUCAGGAAUACACUGCCCUCAAGAUGAUGGUCAAGGAAUGGUCCGAGCCAGCGUCGAAAAAGCUUGAAGGCAAGCUUUCGGCAGAUGCCAAGGUCUACUUCAUCCCAGCCACCCUUCGCCCAGAAACGAUGUAUGGUCAAAUAUCUUGUUUCGUCGGUCCGAAUGUCGAUUACGGUAUCUUCCAGGUUUCCCCUUCGGAAUGCUUCGUCUGCAGCGACCGAGCGGCGAGAAAUAUGGCGUUCCAGGGUACCUUUCCGGAGUGGGGCAAGUUUCCCAAGAUCGAGUCUUUCAAAGGAAAGGAGUUAAUCGGUACGCUGGUCAACGCGCCCCUCUCUGUCCACACAGAAGGAGUUCGAAUCCUUCCUAUGGAGACUGUAAAGGACACAAAGGGCACAGCCGUCGUUACCUGCGUACCUAGCGAUUCUCCUGACGACUACAUCACCUCUUUGGACUUAGCCAAGAAAGCGGAGUACUAUGGAAUCCAGAAAGAGUGGGUCAAGUUCGACGACAUCCUACCCAUAAUAUCUAGCCCCUAUGGGGAUCUCACGGCGAAGAAAUUGGUCGAAGAGAUGAAGAUCCAGUCACCGAAGGACACCAAAAAGCUCGAAGAGGCGAAAGAGAAGGCCUACAAGUCUGGAUUUUAUUCGGGAACCAUGAUCUAUGGCGAGUUCAGCGGGAAAAAGGUUGAGCAAGCAAAAGAUCUGGUACGAAAGAAGCUCAUCGACUCUGGAGACGCGUUUCCCUACGCCGAGCCUGAUGGAAAAGUCAUCAGCAGGAGCGGUGACGACUGCGUUGCCGCGCUGUUGGACCAAUGGUUUCUGAAGUACGGCACUGGAGACAAUGGAGGCGACGCCGAGUGGGCCCAACAGGUCCUAGAUCAGAUCAAAGCCAUGGAUCUCUACUAUCCUGAAGCCCAGCAUGCCUUUACACAAGUCGUCGCCUGGCUUGGCAACUGGGCAUGUGCACGGAGUUAUGGCCUAGGAUCGAAGCUGCCUUGGGACCCCUCUGUAAUGGUCGAGUCCCUUUCGGAUUCCACGAUUUAUCAGGCUUACUACUCGUUUGCCCAUCUGCUCCAUCGAGAUCUCUUUGGAAAAGAGGCUGGGCCGCUUGGUGUCAAGCCAGAGCAGCUGACAGACGAUAUCUGGGACUAUGUCUUUGCUCGCCGCGAUCGAGGAGACCUGCCUCAGUCAGAAAUCCCGCAGGAAGCGCUCAAAACCCUGAGGCGCCAUUUCGACUAUUGGUAUCCACUCGACAUGAGAACAAGCGGUAAGGACUUGAUUCAAAAUCACCUUACCUUCAACCUCUACGUCCACACUGCUAUCUUCGACAAAAGCAACUGGCCGCGAAGCUUCCGCGUCAAUGGACAUCUGAUGCUCAACGGGGAGAAGAUGUCCAAGUCCACUGGCAACUUCCUGACAAUCCAAGGCGCAGUAGAGAAAUUCGGCGCGGACGCUACUCGAGUCGCUCUCGCGGACGCGGGAGACGGUAUCGAAGACGCCAAUUUCGAAGAGACAGUUGCAAACGCAAGCAUUCUGAAGCUGUUCGAGCUCCGUAAGUGGUGCGAAGAGCUCUCACGUGACCCCGUCAUCGCGGAAGACGGCGAAAAGUACAGGUAUAUCCGAGACAACGAGCGCAUAAAGAAUAUCGACACCAUUCUGCGCAAGUCUGGGAGCCCGCGGCAGCUUUGGGACGACAUCUUCGACAAUGAGAUGAACGCCCUAGUUGUGGAAACCAAGGAGCACUACAUUAAGACGUUCUACAAGGCGGCUCUCAAGUCCGGAUAUUACGACUUCACGGCAGCACGAGAUUUCUACCGCGAGGUGACCAAGGCGGCCGGUCUCGGGAUGCACGAAGAUCUCGUAAAGCGUUACAUCGAACUCCAGGCGCUCAUGCUCACCCCAAUCGCGCCGCAUUGGGCAGAUUACAUCUGGCAGGAGGUCUUGAACAAACCAGACACUAUUCAGAACGCCUUGUGGCCGGAGGUUCCAGAGCCUGAUGCUUCCCUGACUGCGGCGCGAGAGUUCGUGAGGUCUACUCAGUCGAACAUCACGUCUGCGGAGGGACAAGCUGUGAAGCGUCUGGCGAAGGGCAAAGCCGCUCUGUUCGACCCAAAGAAAGAGAAGAAAAUCACGAUCUUCUCGGCAAAGUCGUGGCCUAAGUGGCAGAAGAAAUACAUCGACCUCCUCCGCACCUCAUACCCCAAUAUUGACAUCAAAGCCCUCAGCAAAUCCAUCGACAAGUCAGAAUCAAAGAAAGCCAUGCCCUUCAUCAACAACCUGAAGCGGCGCCUCGACAACGGCGAGUCCCCCGAUGCCGUCCUCAAUCGCCAGCUUGCCUUCGACGAGCUCGAUAUACUGCGCGCUAUGGUGUCAGGUCUUAAGGCUACAGUGCAGAAGUGCGUUCAAGUCGAGAUCGUGUCGGUCGAAGAGGGUGGCAAGGCGGGCACCGUAGUCAAUGAGGAUGGUACUGAGGGCGCGAAGAAGACCGAGUUACCGCUGACUGCGAUGAAUGCGGAGCCUGGGAGCCCAAGCUUUGCGUUUGAGAACGUGGAGAAUUUGCCUCUGCGAUAGGCGACCGGGACAACGCAGUCCGGGCUUUGAGCGGCGAGUCGUGACAUGGAAAUGCGCGAACGACGACCGGUUUACGAUCUGAUAGACGCGGAUUUUCGCGGAUGGUUAUGGUGUAUGCAUUGACGACAGCAGCUGGGACGUUUCACGAUAGAUAGACUCGACAAUCACAAAAGCUCUUUUGUCCCUUG